AUGGUUGGGUGUGGGUUUCACAAUCAUGAACUAUUUGAGGAUUUAGAUUCCCAUGAUAUAUUGCAUCGUCUAAAAGUUCAUGAGAGACAGUUUGUGAAUGACAUGACGAAGUACAACAUGGCUCCACGGUACAUAGUUUAUGCCUUGAAAGACAAAGAUCCAGAAAACUUCACCCGUAUUACCCAAGUGUAUAAAGCUAGAGAUAUAUACAAUGUGAGCAAGAGAGUGAAGUUGUUGAAUAUGUUUCACUUGGUGUUGAUUUUUUAUUUUACAUGUAAGACAAAUAGGUAUCGGCUACCAGUGCUUGAGAUUGUUGGUGUUACGUCAACAAAAUUGAAGUUUUCGAUAGGCUUUGCCUAUUUGGAGCAUGAAAGGAAGGAUAAAUUCAAAUGGGCACUGGAGAAGCUCAAAGAGUUUUUCUCUUUUGAGAAAUUUCUACUGAAUGUUGUAGUGACGGACCGAGAACUUGCAUUGAUGAAUGCAAUUGAAGUAGUGUUUCCAAAUUCAACUCAUUUGUUAUGUUAA